AUGGUUGAAAAGUGGCGAAAUUGUGAUUUUUACCAAGGGCCAUGGGUGAGAGACAAGGGCUAUCCGCUUUACCAAGCGGGUUUUGUUAUUUUGACCUUGAGGAAGAAGUUAAGAAAAUAUGAUACGACAUGCAAGCAUUAUGUUCAUAUUUAUGUGGAAGCUAGUAAGGAAAAUGAAGCUUCAACAAGGAAGAAGCUUGCUUGUUCUAAGAAUGAAGAUGAUGAUGACAAUGAUAAGUCUGAUGACAAUAAGGAUGCGCAUGAAAACUCAGGGAAGAAAGUUGCUUGUUCCGAGAACGAGGAUGAGGAUUAA